UCCCCCGGCGUCGUUGGAGCUGCUCGGCCGCCUGCAAUCCAACAUGGAGUAGAGAAGAGAUGGGGCUCUAGCGGGGCCACCCCUCGGUAACGGCAGCGACGACGCGCUUCGUUUUUACCCACAACUGGAACCGGAGCCGUCGGCGAAAACAUGCGCCUUAGGACUUAAAAAAAGCAACCCAAACGGAGGAGCGUGUGCCUUUUGUGUGUGUCCGUGUGUUGUGUGCGUGAGUGUGUGUGUUUGGGGAGGUGGUGGAGAGGGGAAGAGAGACAGAAGAGAGAAGACGAGAGCUGGAUUCUAAAGUGUCCGCUCUGCUGGAGGGGAUGCGGGAUUAAAGUUGUAGAAGGAAGAAGAAAAAACAGGGAGGCUCCGGCGAUCCAGAAGAACCAGGACAGGCUCCGGAUAAAUAAAAAAAUAAGGGGGAGAAUUGAGGAAAAAGAAGACGGAGGCGCAGCCAGUCGAAGGCAAAGCCAAAGAGCCGACACUCGCACAAAGGCGCAGGGGGGAUUUAUGCGGAAUCGGAGCCAGAACCGGAGGAGAAUGACGAGCGAAAAGUAUGCAAUCGCCGCGGCCCCUUACCUGAGGUGAAACGAGAAAAUGAUAGAAGAAACACACCCAAACGAUGACAGCUACAUCGUGCGUGUGAAAGCGGUGGUGAUGACGCGGGACGACUCGAGCGGUGGCUGGCUGGCCCAGGACGGCGGCGCUCUGAGCAGGGUGGGGGUUUGCCGCCUGCUGCCCACAGAGCUGGCCCCGCUGUCGGGCUCCGGCGGCUCGCAGUUCCUCAUCAGAGGCGAGCGGCUGCAGGACAAACAGGUGAUCCUGGACUGUCCUCUGAGGAAGGACCUGGUCUACACCAUAGCCAUGCCCACCUUCCACCACUGGAAGGUGGAGGACAGGAGGUGUGGUCUGUCCUUCCAGAGCCCAGCUGAUGCCAGAGCUUUCGACAGGGGGGUCCGGAAAGCCAUCGAGGACCUGGCUGAAGGUACGCGGUGCUGGAAUGGCUCCACGACCUCCUCCACUGCACUCCAGAAUGAAGGCGAGCUGGGAGACGAUGACGUCUUCACUAACACCACCGACAGCUCAUCCAACUCCUCCCAGAAGCUGGAGAGCUCUCUGCAGCCGCUCGAGUCCUCGCCCCUUCCGCAGAGACACAAGUGCAUGCUGGGACAUCGCCACGACCUCCACGACCCCUACCGGCUCUCAGACCACUACUACUUAGACCAGCCGUUGUCUCGGAUCCCCCGCCAUGUCACCUUCGAGGACGAGGAAAUCGUCCGCAUCAACCCUCGGGAACGCAGCUGGGAGCGAACCACCGAGCGACACCACGGCCGCCCGUCGGAUCGCUCCUGGCUCACCGGCUACGAGGACUACCGGCACGCCACCGUGCGGGACAAAUUCAUCCAAAUGGAAGAGAACGAGCCGUACGUCCACUUCGCCAAGACGGAGGCACAGAAGCACGACUACACCUACCCCCUGGCCCCCGCCCUGUCGCCCUCAGACUCUGACCCCGCCCUCGGACCCUUGACCCAUAAGGGCCACGGCGGCUCGUAUCGCCACGGCUUCUCCUCGGCGGUCACCACGCAGCCUCGCUCCUUCCUCCCGAGCUCCUCGCCGUCCACCAACGGAGGAAAGGAGCGGAAGGACAACGGGAUGGAGCGCGCUCAGUGCGAGCACUGCGGCGAGGCCUUUUACGUCUCCGACAACCGGAGAGGCCGGUGCCAGGAUGCUCCGGACCCGGUGCGGGCGUGCAUCCGGCGGGUCAGCUGCAUGUGGCUGGCAGACACCAUGCUGUACCACUGCAUGUCCGACCCAGAGGGGGACUACUCGGACCCCUGCUCCUGUGACGGGGGUGAGGGUAGCGGGGGAGGACGCCUCGGCACACGCUGGUUAGCGCUGCUGGGCCUGUCUCUGGUGGCGCCCUGCCUUUGCCUCUACCCGCCCCUCCACGCCUGCCACCGGGCGGGGCUGACCUGCGGCUGCUGCGGAGGCCGACACAAGGCCCUGAGCUGAGCAGAAAAACCUCCCGGAGGAAAAACGACAAAAACCCAACGCAAGCACAGGGAAAGGGAAGGAUGGGGAACACACAGAAGGGACAAGUGGUCGUGGCUGCUCGCUCUCUUGCCUUGGUUUCUCUGGGUUUCUCUACAAAUUCCAGACACUGAAAUAAGCCAAAAAAAAAAAACGGUGCAUUUUUUUCUUUUUUUUGAACGGCCUGGGAAGAUAAGCUCCCCCUUACGGCAGACAGUUCUCUCAGCUCUCCACGUGGCCAUUUCAUGCUCUGUUUCUAGAGAGAGAGCACUCUUUUUCAGGGGGGCCUUUUUUUUAUAGCUGACCUAUAUGUCAUGUAUCACAUAUGCAGGUACUUUAUAUUGUUAUAUUUGUACACUGACUCGGCGUCAAAGAACUUGAAUUGUUCCUUUGUUCUAUUUUUUUUCUCUCCUUUGAUGUUGGCGCGGCCGUUCUGUUUAUAUUCCAAUAUCAGGCCCGCUCAGAUCCAGCUACCAGAGAAUCAGACACUACACCUCUGUGCGCGAGUGUGUGUGUGUCUGUGUGUGUGCGAGUGUGUGUGUGUCUGUGUGUGUGCGAGUGUGUGUGUGUGCGUGGAUGGUAAAUGUGCAUGCUUCUGAUGUGCGCCGAGGCCUGUCAUCUGCAGCUUCUAGUAAAGCUCCUGUAUAUAGUCCACAUAGCUCUCCACCGUCAACAUCUUCAAACGUGGUACUCACCCUAACCUUCUUCUGAUAUCCCAAAGAUUCAUGUUUUUAUCCUAUUUAUUUUAAUUGAUCUACCAGCAAAAGGGUGCUGGGCUUUUUGUGAUUCACUUCACUGAAUGAGACGGUGCCUCGAUGUUCUCCCGUCCGUCUCCCUGCUCCUUUCACAUUAUUUCAAACAGUGCCUAUAAAAAAAAGAAGAAAAAAGUCAUCCUAAACCAGGAAAAUCCGUCGAGUCUCAUGAUUCCAGUCAGAUUUUUGGGCUCAUUUUAACGUACACUUGAAGCGGCGUGAGAUUUUAAGGCUCUGAUUUCCUUCGCAGAACCUCAGCCUGCAGUCUGGACUGAAAAAAAUCUAAAGAAUUGGUGCCCGUAUGCCUUAAAAUGUGGAGUCUCUCUGAAGAUGUCUUGCUGUAUUGAAAAAAGCGUGAACACGGUUACGGCUCCAAGCAAUCAGCCUCACCGCCAUUUCUUUUCAACUUAGUUUUUUAUAAAAAGGAACUCUUUAAGAGGUUCUCAUUGAGUGUGCAAACUAUGGACUCUAGUUUGCCUGCGACGUACAAUCAGCUCCCCUCUUUAAAGCAUCGAUCUCCAGUCCAGCCCAUCAAUCACAUCUGUGGAACAGCAACGGCCAAAGUAACUGUGAUCUGAACGUUUUCAUUAAUCAGUUAAGAACUCUGCUCAAAAGUUCGUCCAAAAACAGAUCUGUUGACAACAAACUUAGGUAGAAGAACAUUCUUGUGUGGGAAAAUUGGAACUUUUAUUUUAUUUUGUCGCCAAAAACCUGAUUAUAACAGAUAUUUAACUUGUAUAAGCAACCCAGGGAGUCUGAUUUUACUACUAUUUAUAUAAAAAAUCCUCCAGCUACAAAGAAAGUUUGACAUUUUGGGAAAUAAAUUAUAUAUAACAGCAUGUAAAGCUCACUAAAAACACAUAAUCUCUUGUAGUUUUAAUCUAUACAAGAGUAAAAUUGACAGGACUUAAAUGGGGUUGAGUCUCCACUUGAAAGAAUUUCUCUAAAUGCAAUAUAAUGCAUAAAAGGACAACUUAAAUGUGGGAUUUAUAAUAGAAAAUAUCCUAAAUAUGUGGUUUUUGUCUUAUUUUUUCUAUCUUAUGUCAGAGCCUGGCUAUCAUUUUUCCUGUUUCCAGUCAUUUUGCAGAGCUAAUUAAACUAAAAGCAUCUUCCAAAAUGUCAAACUAUUCCUUUAAGGCCCAAAAAUGUGGCGAAAAAUGGGAGAUCAUCAUGAGAGACAACUUGCUGAAACCACAUGACCGGCGUGUGCUUUUCUUCUCAGUCCGAAAGCAUUUUUUCCUCCUUCCAUGCCAGAUUUGGUGCAUUAUCAUAAGACGGUAAAGAAAAAUGGUUAAAACCCGUCUUGAUGUACGAACUCAGGCAAUGGAGGAGGAAAAAAAUCCCCAAACUGCUGUCCCACCUGCCUGAGUCUGCCGGCCAAUCACGUCCCGGCAUUGACAGCACAACACCAAACUGACCGCCGCUCGGUGACGGCGGCAUCUGGGAUGUGACCGGGAACACAAUAAGCUUUUUUUUUCUUUCUUUUUUAAAAAUAAAGCAGGACGUCGGGAGGAUCCCAUUGGAAAAACAAACAUCCAUCCCUGAUUGUUUUGCCAAGGAAAUGUCACUUACUACAGUCGAAAUACAGAAUGCCUGAGGAUGUCCUUUUUCCUUUCCUGGUUCUAUCUGUUUCAUACAUCCUGUUCCAUGUACCAGUUUGUACGUCCUUGGUGUGUGUGUGUGUGUGUGUGUGUGUGUGUGUGUGUGUGUGUGUGUGUGUGUGUGUGUGUGUGUGUGUGUGUGUGUGUGUGUGUGUGUGUGUGUGUGUGUGUGUGUGUGUGUGUGUGUCUGUGUGUCUGUGUGUGUGUGUCUGUGUGUCUGUGUGUCUGUGUGUGUGUGUGUGUGUGUGUGUGUGUGUGUGUGUGUGUGUGUGUGUGUUCGUGCCACAUCCCUUCCCCGUCCUCCUGCUCCUUGAUCCAAAGCUACUGGGAUCAGCUGAAUAUGCUAUCACAUGCCGACAUCUUUCGAGUUGAAUCGGAUCCUUUGAUGAUGCGAUGAAUCAGGGACAGGGCCAAUCAGAUCGGAAAGAGCGAGUGUGUGUGUGCGCACGUGUGGGUCAGUGUUUAAUCUUUUAUCUCCGUCUCGUCUGGUCGUCGAGUGUGUUCUCACAUGUCAGAGCCAUUUACAAGUGCCUGAACGCAUCCUCUUUAUCUCCUUGUGUAUUUAAAUCGAAAAAAAAAUUUAAAGAAAGGACUCCCUGUAUUGAAAUUAGACCCAUUUUUUACGCUUAGUAUUUUUACCUCUGUAAAAAAAAGAGCAAAAAUUAUAUUAUAUAUAUCAAGUGUAUGUUGUACAUUAUUAUUUCUAUUUUGUUUUUUAAAAUAACUGUUUCUAACAUGUACGAUGGUUGUAGCUCUUGCUUUCGAGAAGGAACAGGAAGUACUUUGUAGAUAGUGAAGGGUGGCCAGGUCUGUGAGAAAACUAAAGUGAAAUGUGUGUCUUACCUUCCGCCUCCAAUAAAACGAGAGAAAACAGUGAAA